AGCUUGGUGUGUUUACCAACAGUCUAAUACGGACAAAGGGGGUGUCAUUGUAGGCUGAUGCCAUAAGUUUUGUUGAAGAUUUCAACAUGAAGGUAAUAGUAGCUGGGUUCUCGAAGACAGGCACCAAAACAAUGCAAGCCGCAUUGACAGACCUUGGUUACAAUGUAUACGAUUUUAUGGAGAAUUUCGAGUUUUUGGAAAAGGAAUGGAAGCAGAUAUGUAUGGUUGGAGGUUCGACUGAAUUGUUUCGUAAAAUGUACGAGAAUGUUGAUGCGGUGACUGAUCUACCUGGAUGUGCAUUCUGGGACGAGAUCUUAAAAGCCUUUCCCGAUGCUAAGAUCAUUUUAACAAUGCGAGACAACGAAGAACAAUGGUGGCAGAGUCUUCUGAAACAACAUGAACAAAAUACAUCAUUGCUUUUAAAAAUAUUGUUUACAAUUUCACCAACUGGAAGGAGAUUGCAACAACAUGGAAGCCGAAUAAUGAAUGCCAUCGUUGGACAAGAAAUGACUCCUUCAACAAAAGUGUUGAAUGAAUCGUUGUUUAAGAUGGCUUAUAGGCGGCAUAAUGCACAUGUACUACAGAACGCUCCAAAUGAUCAACUAUUGGUGUUCAAUUUUAAAGAUGGUUGGGAACCACUGUGUAAGUUUUUAGGGGUUCCAGUUCCAGACACCCCAUUUCACCACAAAAACAAAAAAGGCUCAAUCACGAAAGAGAUGCUUCAAACAAAUAAUAUUGCUUUAAAAAUACAGCGAGAAGCUAUGGUGGUAGCAGCUGUUUCUGGGGUUCUUGCAGCAAUUGGCUUGUAUAAAGGAAUAAGCCUUGCUCGUACAGUGAAUUGGGAAGACAUGUUUACAACAUUAAGCAGUUUAUUUAAAAAAUAAAAGCAAAAUGCAAAUC